AUGGAUGAAUAUAUUGAUUCGGUCCGUAAUCUAUAUCAAAGUUAUCAAAGUAUUGAACAAAGACUGGCCACAUUUAAACUUGGUUGGGAUGAAAUGUAUUUUGUUUCUGCAAUUUCACUAGCCGACGCUGGUUUUUAUUCAAUUGAAGUGAUGGAUUGUGUUAGAUGUUUUAGUUGUGAUAAAGGGUUAUGUAAUUGGAACUUGUGGGAUGAUGCAUGGAUUGAGCAUGCAAAAUGGUCGCCAAAUUGCCAAUACGUUAUCGAUAUUAGGGGUCAUGACUUUAUUAAUCAGGUUCAUGAUAUUUCCCCACAAGUCGAAAUAGAAUUUGUCCCACCAGGUCAAGAAACUACUAUAGCUACUGAGGAAUUUCUAACUUGCAAGAUAUGUUAUAUAAAUGAGAUAGCAUUUUCCUACCCUGCGGGCAUCAACUGGCUUGCCCAACUUGUGCCUCACAACUCUAUGCAUGUCCGGUUUGUCGGGGCCCUAUACGUAUGGCUGAAGCCGGGUUUUAUUAUACCCCUGACUCUGGCUUGCUUACAUACGAUGUGUGGGAAGCCCAUGCUAUGUAUAACCCCCUUUGCAAAUAUGUUAGAGAUGUCAAAGGGCAAGCGUUUAUCAGUGCAAAGAAUCAAUUUGGAAUUGCAUUUGUACCUUGUGGUCACCAAGCGUCACUUCUCGUCCGACGGGUUGAAUGACCAGCGCUUCUGGAGAUCCCUUUCGAGACAAUCGGUGAUCUCAAUGAUGGGUUCAUCGCACAGAUUGGGCGCCGGUUUAGUACACCACUCCUUCCCUUUGCCGGCCUUCGCGUCCUCUUUGGGCAAUUUGUUGAGUCGGGCUCUCAUCAGAAACUUGGGUUUUUGGGACCCGCUCUUCGGUGAUGUUGUUUACGACCUUUUGGUUUGGGCGUUGGCUUCAUAUGGAGAGCGGGAGGGAAAGCGCCGGGUAGUGACGAUUGCGAAGUAUCAUUUGAUUAGUAAUUAUACGGUGAAUACCCGGCAAACGGGAACAUUGGUGGCGGCAUAUUAUAUACCUGAGCGCCGGGUGGGACCGACUGCCCAUCGACUGGCCCAUGCUUUUGUCAAAACCUCUAGUAACACGUUUAGUAACAGGUAUUAUGAAUGGAAAUCACUGUUUCUUCUUCUGCUGCGCUUUCCUCUGAGCCAACGACACAUUCUUCUUAUUCUUCUUCAUACCAUUGUUUUGGUCGACAUUAAGAUCUCCCUAAGUGGCGCAACGGUCGUAAAAAGAUUUGGCGAUGACUUGUGUGAACACGUAUUGUCUUAUCUCUCAUUCAGAGACCGAUUCCGAUAUGAAUUUGUGUCCAAAACAGUGGCGAAGACUCGUAUAUAUGAGACAAUUGAUGACCAAAUGAGUGAUAUAUUUGAAACAAUCGUUAAACAGAAAUAA